AUGAUAAAAUUUUCAUCAGCAGUGUUAUAUAAAGAACAAGAACAAUUUCUUAAACAGAAAGCCGAGUCAACAACUUCUUGUGCAUCAAAACUAAAACGUCAAGAUACUGAUAAAACGUCAUCACAGAAAACAAGUCAAAUGAAGUCAAAAUUGGAUCGAUCGAAAACAUAUUCUGAUUUCAGAACUAACUAUGAUUCAUCAAGUACUUCUUCAAAAUCACCAUUUUUGAUGCUAAAAAAUAUUGUCGAAAAAUUACAAGAACGCUUUUCUACUGGACAAAAUGAUCCAUUAACAUUAGAUGAAAUUAUACAAGAAUGUAGUCUUACAAUUAAUUCAUCUGAUAAACAUUGGCUUGCUUCUCAAGCACUUUUAUCAAAUGAAAAAAUUGAUGUUAAAACAAUUGAUGGUAUUCAUAGAUUUGUAUAUAAGCCAGCCCUUGAUUUAAAAGAUCCAAAAAAAUCGUCGAUUCUGAAACUUUUAAAAGCACGACAUGAAAAUUGUGAAGGUGCAAUAACUGUUGAGGACGUACGAGAUUCAAUAGAAAAACUAAGAGCUGAUAAAAUAAUUGAAAGCGUAAUAGCAAAUGGCCAUGUUGUUAAAGUAAAAAGUAAUAAAAGAGAAGUUUUAUUUUAUACUGAUAAUGAUCCCAGUUUUCGGAUUAAUCCGAAAUUUAUUGAUUCAUGGAGAAAAAUAUCAGUUGAACAUUUGACUAACGAGCAGAUUAGUGGAUUUAUUGAUCAAAAGGGACAUUACAGUUUAACAACAAAUGCUCCAAAGCAAUUAAAAUUGCAAAAACCAUUAAAACGUGGGUGUCAAGGUCUUGCUACGGUGAAGCAUAACCAACAUAUUGCUGAUCAACUCAAAGAUUACUCCAAUUCAAUAAAUAAAAAAUAA